UGCGAACUGAAAACACGGUACCUAACUAAAUGUGCGCCUUCAACGGGAAUUCAUGUUGGCGUCCUGUUUGACUUAACAUAACCACAAUACUUGACAGCAGUGCACAUAGACGCUACUUGUAAACCAUGUCACCGGGAGGUGGAAGGAUGUCGACCUCUACGAAACCGGUGCUCGUAUUUUUAAUGCUGCUGGGAUGGAGCUACUGUCAACCAAGCUUGUUUUUGCACGAUUCUCCGUCGGACAGUUCAAAAAAAUGCCGAUACAUGGAUCUGCCGCUUCUGGAUUUAGAACUUGAUCAAGGGAGCUCAUAUAACCCACCUCAACACGAACUACAAAAUACAUCUCGUCUUUUGCAGUUGUUGGGUGAACGCAAUUUUGAUUUUGAGUAUAUGAGGAUUACGCGGCCGAAGAAGAAGAGGCUUCCUGUUGACUUGAAAUUAAGAGGGGAGAUACCAGAGGACAUUCAAAGCCAAAACCUCAGGCGUAUGCCCGACGGCACGAAUACCAGAGUGGGACCCCACUCACGAAAAAGAUUCCGUAGAUGGUUGUGGGCAAGAACCCAUUGUCCUGUGAGACAAUCAUGGAAGAACCUGGGCAAACGUUUUUGGCCGAGGUGGUUGAAAGUUGGAGACUGUUAUCAGGGUCAGAACUCAUGCUCCAUUCCUUCGGGUUUAACGUGUUUGCCAAGUGAGUCGACGACAAAAAAUGUACUUUUUUGGGCUUGUAUCGAAGAUAGGUUAGACCGCAAAAUGCUCUGCCGUUGGAUUUACGUACCUUACCCAAUAAUAACGGAGUGCAGCUGUGGCGGCAACUGUGCCAAGUAAAGUAACUAUAACUCUUUGAAGUCUGUACAGACAUUUGAUAGCUUUGGUUCAGUGUACAGAAGUUAAUGAGCCUGUAUUCACGUAACUCAUGAUCGCGUACUUUUAAAACGAGUCGUGUGUAUCCAUUCAAACGGCGCAUGCAGAUUUGAUCACCCAACACCAACGUUAAACUUAUGUCAAGUUUAUGAACAUUCUUCUGUAUAUAGAGAAACGGGCGGUGUAGAUAUAUAAUUAUUAAGAGUUUUGUACAUUUUGUAAGAGAAAGACAUACGAGUUUUCGACAAAAUAUAUACUCUUUUCAGUGUUUCUGUUAUUGUAAGACAGGGUGGUUAGCUAUAUAGUCGAACUAUUUAGAUAAGUGACCUAGUUGGAAACCCACGCCGACGUGUGGUGGUCCAGCAGCCGUGUUAAAUGGUGCGUUCUGUGGAAUAUGUUAUGUUGAUAAAAAGAAUCCAAACAAACAGACUGCAACAAAUAGCCUCCUAUUGAUACCAUACUAUGUCAGCAGUUCAUUAUAUCUAGCAUUUCACUACUCAAUACAACCACACUCCAAGUCAGCAUUUAGACAAUUUCAUUGGAAAGUCAGUUCAGCAUCUGAAACAUGUUUUGUUGAUUCCACGGAAUAUAUCUGUUUCAUUGUCCGUGUCGAAAAUAAUAUUACAGUUUAUUAUGUAACAAUUUGGUAAAUAUUGACACAGAGAGGAUAAAGCUAGCCAACAGAGAGUUGCUUGCGAUCGAGGCCCUUAGACAAAUUGAAAAUCAGUGAAAAAAAAACAUAGGGCAGGAACAAUUUAACAAUCCAACAAGUGAAAGCUCAUUAGAACAUUCCAAACAAAGUUGGAAAAUUUGGACGCAUGAUGACAUGAAUAGUAACGGACUGAGUGGCACCAUUUAAAUCAACACUAAGCUUAUAAGGCCCUAACGAGGUCCUAGGGGUUAUCAACUACAUCUUAUCCGUCUACCUGUUUUUCAAGCAUUUACAAUCAGCAUACAAGUAAUUGUAGUAUGCUUGAGCGCUUUAAUCUAUAUGGACGCACUUCUCCUUAUGCAUGGGAGCAUUUAAGUACGCCUGCUCAACAAAUACACAUACACAAAGGUUUCAUGCACUGAUUGCCAUGCAUAAAGUGUGGUGGUAUCAUACACAAGACACUUUUCUUACAUCUUUUGAAACCAGUCCAUUGAAGUUUCUGUAACACCGAAUUUUGGAGUUAUAAUUUUAUUAAAUGCACCAGUAAUCCCCGUUAACUUUGACGAUUAAUGUAUAAGAGUUAAAGCCAUGUACAGUGUAAUUUUUUUUGGAGAAAAGUCAAUAAACCUUAUUUAUUUAUCAAGUA